AUGGAACUCAACCGAGAACAUUUUCGCGCCAUAAUUUAUUACAACUUUCAGAGACAAUUAUCGCAACAAGAAUGUCUUGCUGAGUUACUGUCUGUUUUCGGCAACGAAGCGCCACAUCACUUCGACAAUUCGACAAUUUCCCGUUGGUAUGGAGAAUUCCAACGUGGACGGGUGAGUCUUAGCGGCGAUCCCAGGGUGGGAAAUGUCGAUGCUGUGCGCAAACUCAUCAUUGAAGAUAGACAUGUGACAUAUCGCGAGAUUGAGGCGUCCUUGAAGAUCUCAAAGACCUCAAUUCAAAAAAUUUUACAUGAAGAAUUAGGAGUAAGAAAAUUAGUUUCUCGUUUGAUACCCCAGCUGUUGACUGAAGAGCAGAAAGCAGCCAGGGUUAAUUGGUGUCAAAAACGCUUGACCUGUUAUGAACCAGAAAAUAAACAACAGUCGGCUGUUUGGGUGUUCCAAGGUGAAGAAAAGCCAACAAAACAAAGAACUGUUACUGCGGAUUGGUAUACCACCAUUUACAAUGCAAGCUCGCACACAGCCCAAAAAACAAGGCAGUAUUUAACGGAACAAAACCUACCCAAUCUAAGUCCUAACCAUUUCUUUACUUUCCCGAAAAUUAAAAACAGACUGCAUGAAGAAGCAGGUCUGCCAGCAAACGAGUGGAAUGAGUGCUUCGAAAAUUGGUUCGAGCGCAUGCAGAUGUGUAUUAAUCUUCUAAAUCGUCAUAACUGCCGAUAUUGGUCUGAUUCUAAUCCCAGAAUUUAUCAUGAGGUUCAUACACAGCAGCCACAAAAAUUAAAUGUUUGGGCUGACGCCAUAGAUCCUGCAUUAACAGCCAUAAUUGAAAAUCAGAAUGAUCGGCGGUACAUUGCGAAUAGGUUGAUGUUCCAACAGGAUUAUGUAUCACUUUUGGAUUUCUUUAUGUGGGGUCAUUUAAAAAUCAAAAUCUAUGCUACUCAGCCAACAUCAUUAGAAGACCUGCGACAAAGAAUUGUGAAUGAGUAUGGAAAAAAAUGGGUAAUUGUAACUUUUCAUUUUCACGAGUGGAGUUUCAACUGA